GACAGAAGAGACGGAGAGAGAGAAGACAGAGAGGACAAAUAAACCAGUUUGAGUGUGACUGAAACUGUCCGUCUGCAGGACGCCAUGGACGCCAUCAGGACUCGUCUGACUCAGUCUUCCUCAGUGGGCGUGGCCGAAGAUGACGAGGCGGGAGGAGCUCAGAGGGUGGAGAUGAGGUUUGUGACAUCCGACGAGGAGGCCGGGCCGAGCACUGACAUCACAGCAUUGGUGCAGCGGUAUCGCCAUGGUUACCGGGGAGCUGGCGUGUUCCUGUGUUUGUGCGGCGUGGUCGUCUUCGCCACAGCGUUCCUAUUGGCCUACGCCGUGUUUGGUGGGCGGUACCACUGCUCUCAGGUGGGGGAGGAGGAUGAGGAGCAGGGGGGCGGGGCCAAACCACCUGCAGAGGGAGGGGCGGGGCUUUACCUGGGAGAGCUGAGGGUGAUGAUGAGGAGGCUGCUGCAGGAUGAAGAUAUCCACAACACAGUCAGUCGAGUCAGCAGAGCGAAUCAUCCUCCGGGUUCCUCAGACGGAACGUCUCUGGCCUCAGAGGUCCUCCGUCGCUUCAGACUGCUGCCGAUGGAUCACACCUGGACGGAGUCUUUGUACGCCACGCUGCAGUUCCCCCACAGGUCUCAGAGGAGCUCUCUGUGGCUGCUGGACUCUGCAGGACUGAUCUUAGAACAGAUUCCCCUCAACCCGUCUGACUACUGUCCAUACAGCGCCACAGGAAGUACCACGGGGGGCGUGGUCUACGCCAACUACGGCCGCCCGGAGGACUUUAAUUGGCUGAAGAGCACGGGCGUGUCUGUGGUUGGCUGUGUGGUGGUGAUGCGCGUCGGCGGAGGGGUCAGUUUUGCUGAAAAGGUCUGGUUGGCUGAGAGGAGCGGGGCGGGUGGAGCUUUGAUCUACCCCGACCCUGCCGACCUGCCGCAGGACCCCCGGCGCCUCGGAUUGAACACGCACACCGCCGUGUCUGAACACGUCCACCUGGGGUCAGGUGACCCCUUCACACCCGGCUUCCCCUCCUUCAAUCACACUCAGUUCCCGCCCAUCCAGUCCUCCGGUCUGCCGCUCAUCCCAGCCCUGCCGAUCAGUGCCACUGUCGCCGCCAAGCUUCUCAGCCAGCUGUCAGGUCCGUCCUGCCCUCCGUCAUGGCGGGGUCGGCUGCCGUAUGUGCGCUGCGUGGUCGGUCCAGAGUUCAGCUCCGGACGCAGAGUCAAGAUGUUGGUCCACAACGUCAUGACGCCGGUCCUGCUGAACAACAUCUUCUCCUCUCUGGAGGGCCGAGUGGACCCAGACCAGUACAUCAUCCUGGGAGCUCAGAGGGACUCGCUGGGUCCAGGAGCUGUGAAGUCUGGAGUCGGAACAGCGAUCCUCCUGGAGCUGGCUCGAACCUUCGCUGCCAUGGUGAAGAACGGCUUCAGCCCCAGACGGAGUUUGCUGUUCGUCAGCUGGGACGCUGGAGAUUUCGGGAACGUCGGAGCGACUGAGUGGCUGGAGGGUUACCUGUCCAUGCUCCACCUGAAGGCUGUAGCCUACUUCAGUCUGGACCAGGCGGUCAUGGGUGACGACGCCCUGUCGGCGUACACCAGUCCUCUGCUGGUCGACCUGCUGGACGCUGCCAUCAGACAGGUGGAGCAUCCUAAACAUGCAGGUCAGACCAUCUACAGCCAGGCGGAGAGAGAGGGAGGCAGCUGGAGGAUAAUGAAGCCGUUGUAUCUCAACAGUGGCGCGUACAGCUUCACGGCGUUCGCAGGUGUUCCAGCUGUGGAGCUCAGGUUCACCGAGGAGCGAGCGUACCCGUUCGUCAACACGCCGUUGGACAGCGUCUCCCGCCUACAGGAAGUGCUGGGGGGUCGUCUGGGCGUCACGGGGCGGAGCUUAGGGGAGCUGGUGGGGGAGAUGGUGCUCCGAUUGGCCCACGACCACAUCCUGCCGCUACGCAUCACUUCCUACGCUCAGACAGUGCUGCAGUUCAGCGCUCUGCUCAACAAGCACUCUGCUGAGCUGCAGGUACGCCACGCUCUCUCACCUCACCUGGAUCACUGGGGGCGCGCACAGUCCAGAGGUUUGUCUCCUCAGUGGGUUUUCAGCGCCAGAGGAGACUACAGCCGAGCAGCCGAGACACUGCAGAGAGCCAUCGACUACAGCGACCUGCACGACCCCACCGCCGCUCGCUGCUACAACACUCGCAUCAUGAGGGUGGAAUACUACUUCCUGUCUCAGUACGUGUCGGUGGUGGAGACGCCGUUCCGUCACGUGAUCCACGGCCGUGGCGACCACACGCUGAGCGCGCUCACUGAGCACCUGACCCUGCUGACCUCUGACCCCGAACGCUUCGACGAGAAACGCUUCAGACGACAGCUCGCCUUCUUCACCUGGACGCUGCAGGGCGCCGCCAACGCCCUCAACGGGGACGUGUGGAGCAUCCACAACACACACGCUUACACACACUGACACACACCUAGUACUAGUACUAGUACUACUACUACUACUACUUAUACUAGUACUGCUAUCAGUACUACUAGUACUGAUAGUAGUACUGACAGUAGUACUACUAGUACUGUGUAUCAGCAGACGCCUCGUUACACCACGAACACUCACUGAUACACAGUACUACUAUCAGUACUAGUAGUACUGAUAGUAGUACUGAUAGUAGUACUGAUAGUAGUACUACUAGUACUGUGUAUCAGCAGACGCCUCGUCACACCACGAACACUCACUGAUAUAAUGAGUAGAUAAUGUUUAUAUCUGAGGGUGAAGUGUGACUCUACUGAGUCUGUGUGGCCCCUGCAGCUGUGAGGAGGAAACCCCACACACCAACAGGUGCUGGAUCAGGUGUUCAUCAGAUGCUCCGGUGGUUCAGGACGCCGACCGCCGGCGUAGAGACGGAGGUUCCACUGCGGGUUCGAUCCCCGCCUGAGGUACGCCGCACAGGAGCAGCGAUCACUGGAGACGGUUGUUGAGAUGUAGCCUAGCCUAGCCUAGCUUAGCUUAGCUUAGCUAGCUGGUCUGGAGAGAGACGAGACGUCCUCAACUCAGGACUCAGGACUCAGGACUCAGGACACAGACAGAUUCAACAUUCAGGUUUUCUAAUGAAUUUAUUUCCGUAUUUGAACUAGUUGUUGAUGACAGACAGCAGCGUCCCCAGAGUGAGGGCGGCGUCCCCAGAGAGACGGCGGCGUCCUCAGAGAGACAGACAGGCUGAUAAAUACUCCGAUACACGUUUAAUAAAGUGAUUCUGUGACGACCUCA